GAGCCUGACUGCUGAGGGAGGGAGCUAUGAUUGAGAGAGCUUAACUUGCGGGGCAAAGGGGGAGAAAAGAGUGGGCAACUGUGGGCACGGCUGAACUACACGCCUACAGACCUGGACGCCCAGAGAAAUUUGCACCAGAAAGGCACACCUACCAACCGGGAAGUUGCUUUCCAUUGCUAAGUCCUGUAGGAUCUGACCAAGAAGGGGUGAAAAGAAGAGGCCGAACUUUGGAAAGGCCAUACUGCAAGCUGCUAAUGCAACAUGAUCCUGUGGGACUCGCUCUAAAAAUAUCAACCGCCAGGAAUACAUGGACUCGCUCUGGCUGCUUAAUUGGCUAAAGAUUACACGUUUAGUUUUUUCUUUGCUAAUUAGACUUCUUCAAGGAUGUGAGAAGCAUAUUCCAUGAUUCUUGGUUGCAAGCAUUCUGAAGGUAAUCCCUAUAUGUAUUGAUGACCUUCACUUGCCUCUGGGCUUUCUAGAGAGUGCUUCUUAUUUACAUCGAGUUGGCAAUUUCGUAUGCUGCUUGAGCUUCUUUAAAUAUCUAAGGAGACGAUUUAAGGACACUUUGAGUUGCAGUCAACAAACUGCGUUUACUGAAGCCUUGCAUUGAUUGUAGUGAACUUGGUUUCCAGGUAAGCUUUUGGAAUGCUACAUUUAAGCAGCAAAUUAUGAAAUGGACAACAGAGCAAUAAAGCUUCUUUUGUAGGUGUACCCUCAAGUUCAAUUGUUUGUCAAACCAGCCUUGUGCAGAAGCUCGUGCAUAAAGUUUAGCAUCUCUCUGCUAAGUCAUGAGGAAGGCUGAGGUGCAAAUGACCCUGAAGAAGGGUGCUGAAGAUGGAUCUGGACGGGUUGCACCCCCAAGCCCACGGAUACCAUCAAAACGGGCUAAAGUCAACCCUGACCAGCUGGUGCCUGACCCAAGUUCUGCCUAUCCCACUCCAACACCCCCCGUCUUCAUCCGGAAGAUGAGGAACGCUGCCGUUGGUACCGGCUGUGACAUCCGCCUGAAGGUUGCUGUGGCUGGAGACCCACAGCCUUCACUGUAUUGGUACCAUAACGAUGAUCUCCUCAGCAUGGAUAACCAGGAAUAUGGAGGCCUGUGGAUCCGUGACUGCAAGCCCGCUGAUGCAGGCCUCUACACCUGCAUUGCUACCAACCACCUAGGCGAGGCCAGAAGCAGCGCUGUGCUCGCUGUCCUGGAUCUGGGAGAAGACUCUGAAACCACAGAAGACGAAGCAGGCGAGCCUCAGAUGGAGACCAAAGAAGGAGGCAGAGGUGGUGCAGAUGAAGCCUCCCCGCGUGUGCCUGCAGGAGAGCGGAUGAUGGACGUAGUGGGAGAUGCGAGCGGUCACUGGGCGUCCGGCGAAAACACAGUGGUGGAGAAAGAGGCACCGUCCCUGGGAUCAAGAGCACCGGGGCCACAUCCCUCCAGGAGCCAGUCUGAGGAGGUUUUGAGAGAAUCGCCCCCACAUGUCCUCCCUCCUCCCUCCCCCAAAAUUAUCCGUUCGGCCACCUCUCCCAUGCUUGGCCGUUCCGGUUCUGGCCCCCCUACACCCCUCACCCCACGCAAGAAAGCUGUCGUGCCAACUGAUUAUCAAGACACGGUACCCGGAGAGUUUGAGGAGAAGAUUAAGCAGCCUAAAUCCUCAGGUAUGUCCCAGAGCAGUGCGCAGGACUCCCGACCCCAGACUCCUGUCAGUGAGUACUCCCGGAAGGACUUGACCCUACGCCCCUCACCUAAACUGACUCGUGCCAGCUCCAAGAUCUUUGAAAGAGUGCGAGUUUUUGAAGAGCGCAGGAAGAGCAUUGACAACCAGGAGGGUUCCAUUUCUGGGCGCUCUUGGGCUGGUUUUAACAGAGCCCCUUCCAUAGACUCUGACGAAGGAGGAAGCCGUCUGGGGAUCUCAAGAGAGAGCUCCAAAGAAGAUCUCCAUGAAGCUUUGAAGGCAGAUGCAGCCCAGAGAAGGUCAAUGUUCAGGCAGAGGGCUGCAUCUCUGGAGGACAAACCUCGCUACUCCCAGAAGGUUCAGGACAUUGAGAACAAGUUCACAGAGGAGCUCCAGCGCAUCAAGAAACUUGUGGGGAAGCCGCACAUGAAGAAGUCCUUCUCCACUGAGCAGCUCUCCACAUAUCACAGGAGCAGGCAGCCCAUGCGAAAACUGGAGCCAAUUCCACCUCAGGUUCUUCAGAAACUACAAGACCGGGAGCGUGCUCAGCAGGAGCAAGAGAGGAGAGAGAGUGAACGAGCCAAAGAGGCUUCCCCGCCAAAAUCUCCCAGGGUGCCAACAAGGCAGACUCAGCAACAGGAAUCAGUGUUUCAUGAACAGAUAGUGCCACAGCGCUCACCUGUGACAAAUAAAACAUUCAACAGAGUGGGAGAGGAGCAGUCCCCCCCAGAGGCUAUGUCACCAUCUGAGUUACCUGGACAAAGGUCUCCAAGGCUAAUGCAGCUUCAAGAAAGCCCUCGAAGAUCUCCAACUGCAGAUGUCACCUCCUUGACUGAGGAUCGUCCGCGGUCCCCUCGCAGAACAAGGGCAGAAUCUCCCUCCAGAAAUGCCCUGGAGAUGACAUUACGCAAAGUUGAACCUAGGCCUGCGAGUCCCCUCGUAAAGAGGGUAGUCCAUGUUCAGGAAAUUGCUCCAGUCCAUACAGAGUCUGUGCAAAGAAAAACGCCCUUGGAGAUCACGCUGCGAAAGCUGGAGAGAAGGCCUGAAAGUCCUCUGGUACAAGGAGAGACAGUAGCAAUACAAGAUCCUAUCCAGGCAACUUCUAAACCUCUGAGGCUUUCUCUCUCUUCCUCUGAAGAAGAGAAGAUGGAGGGGGAUGUAACUCCUCCAGCUCCAGCCCCAAAGCUCACAAUCCCUCAGAUUAUUGUUGAAGAGGAGCCUAUGGAGACAGAAACCUUUACAGCUCCACAGAGUGAAAAAGCCAGCAAAACUUCUAGUGCCAAAGAGGAAAAACCACAGAGAAUGAAAGGGAGGGGACGCAGACAAAGACCCAUGUCUCCAGAAUUAGAGUCUUCCGACGACUCUUACGUGUCUGCAGGAGAGGACCCUCUAGAGGCCCCAGUCUUUGAGUUUCCUCUUCAGGAUAUGGUAGCAUCCUCUGGAGCUGAAGUGAUGUUGAAGUGCAUCAUUGCUGGAAACCCUCUUCCUGAAGUAAUAUGGAUGAAGGACAACCUGGAAAUAAGGAGCAGCCCCACACAUGUGGUGAAAGUGGAAGGCGAGAGGCACACCCUUCUCAUCAAAUGGACGAAACCAAGUGAUGCUGGGACGUACACUGUAACUGCCACCAACGAGGUGGGAAAGGUCUCCUGCAGUGCCACUCUCUUCAUCAAGUCAGAACCCAGUCAAGACCUGAGGGGGAACCUAGGUGUGCCAAUGGAUGUCAGCAGCCCCAUCACCUCUGACGAGGAGUACCUCAGUCCUCUGGAGGAAGGCAUGGACUUUGGAGGGAAUUCCUAUCGCGGCCCUGAACCCCGGAAGAUCAUAGACACUCGAUUUAAAGAGCCACCCACUUUUCAGGCCACUCUUGGAGAUCAGACAGUCGUAGAGGGACAAGAAGUGACCAUGUCUGUCCGAAUGAGUGGGCAGCCUAAACCAAUGCUCUACUGGCUGAGGGACAGAGUGACCAUAAAAACAGGCCCUCGACACGUCGUUCAGGAGACAGAAAGUGGCACCUGCGAGAUGAUAAUAAAAUCGGCUGUGAAGUCUGACGCUGGCGUCUACACCUGCAAGAUCAUUAAUGAGUAUGGCACCAAACAGUGUGAAGGCAAACUGGAAGUGAAAGAUGUUCCAGCAGAGCCUGGACUUGCCAUUGUGCGGCCAGUCAGGGACGUGUUGGUGAAGGCUGGAGAGACAGCAGUGUUCGAGUGUCAUGUGAUCGGGCCGCAGGAUGUGGAUGUAGACUGGCUGUCAGAUGGGAAGCUCAUCCAGCCAGCUCUACUGAACUGCAAGAUGCACUUUGAUGGGAGGAGAUGCAGGUUGUUGCUGAACUCCGUGCAUGAGGACGACAGUGGCACAUACACCUGCAAACUGAGCACAGCCAAAGAGGAGCUGACCUCCAGUGCCAAGCUGAAGGUUCUCGCCUCAAUAGAACCUCUGUUCACAAGAAAGCUGGAUAUGUUGGAGGUGAUUGAGGGCCGGAACGCCCGCUUCGACUGCAAGGUCAGCGGAACGCCACCUCCCAAAGUCAUCUGGAGUCACUUUGAUCAUCCUCUGAUAGAGAGUGAGGACAUUCGCAUCCUGAAGGAAGGUGGCCGACACUCACUGGUCAUCUCUCAUGUCAGCAGUGAUGAUGAGGGCUUCUACACGGUUGUGGCCCGGAACCCACAUGGCGAGGAUGAAUGUUCAGCUGAACUGUAUGUGCAAGAACCCCGGCCAGCCAUCUCUUCCCAGAUGGCAAAGCUAGAGAAGAUGCCCUCCAUUCCAGAGGAGCCGGAGGUUCCCGAGAGCGAGGUGGAGCGUUUCACCAUGCCCGACUUCGUUAAGCCACUCUACGACCUGGAUGUGAUUGAGGGAAAAGAGGCUGUGCUGAAGUGCAAGGUGGCGGGCCUGCCGUACCCCACCAUCUCCUGGUUCCACAACGGCAAGAAGAUAGACAGCACGGAGGACAGGAAGAUGACACAGUUCAGAGACAUUCACAGUCUGGUAAUUCGCUCAGUGUGUCAUGCUCACGGCGGUGUCUACAAGAGCGUCAUUUCCAACAAGAUGGGCAAGGCCACCUGCUAUGCCCAUCUCUAUGUGACAGACGUUCUUCCUGAUCCUCCAGAUGGAGCUCCAGUAAUUGAGUCCAUCACUGGCAAGACUAUCACUCUCAGCUGGAAGAAGCCCAGAAGGCUAGACCCCUCCAUUGACCCCGGCACCUUGAUGUACGCUGUCCAGCAGCAGGCUCUGGGCUCCAUCCAGUGGACCAUAAUCGCCUCCAGUCUAAAGCAGACCACCUACACCGUCACCUCGCUGUCCAAGGGCGUCCGAUAUGCCUUCAGGAUCCUUUCCAUCACCAGCAAAGCCUUCAGCAAACCAUCUAACGCCACAGACCCUGUACAGCUCAUAGACAGAGGUCCAUACGUUCAGGAAGCUCCAGUCAUCAUAGACAAGCCAGAUGUGGUCUACGUGGUGGAGAAUCAGUCGGUCAGCAUCACAGUCACUCUCAACCACGUCAAUGCAAAUGUCACCUGGAAGAGGAGAGGAGUGACCCUGUCCAACAGAGUGGGGCUGUUUGAGAUGAGCAUGCCCGAUGAUGACCAGCACAUGCUGAAGCUGUGUAAGGUGAAAUACAGUGAUGUGGGUCCACUUACUUUCACAGCCAGUAACUCGUACGGCACAGACUCCUGCCUUCUCACCCUGGAGUUAGCAGCGCCUCCAACGUUUGAGUCCAUUAUGGAGGAUCUGGACGUCAGUGUGGGGGAAACCCCUCGUUUUGCUGUGGUAGUUGAGGGGAAGCCGAUUCCAGACAUCUUCUGGUAUAAGAAUGAUGUCCUCCUGUCUGAGAGCAGCCAUUUUACCUUUGUGUAUGACGAUAACGAGUGCUCUCUGGUAGUGCUCAACACGCAGCCAGAUGACUCUGGGGUCUACACUUGCACUGCGAAAAACCUGGCCGGCUCUGUUUCCUGCAAGGCUGAGCUCACCGUCCACACCACAAAGCCAGAAAAGGACAGGCCAAUGGAGGAUAAGGAGACUAUGCUGAGGAGGAUGCGAAGGCUCACUGAUUACUAUGACGUUCACAAGGAGAUUGGGAGAGGCGCAUUCUCCUAUGUGAAGCGAGUGACACAUAAGGUGGGGAAGAUGGAAUAUGCAGCCAAGUUCAUUUCAGCUCGGGCCAAGAGAAAAGCCUCUGCCCUGAGGGAGAUGAACAUCUUGUCUCACCUCGACCAUGAGAGGAUCAUCUACUUCCACGAUGCAUUUGAGAAGAAGAACGCAGUCAUCAUCAUCACUGAGAUAUGUCAUGAAGAGCUUCUGGAUAGGCUUACAAAGAAAUCAACAGUAAUGGAGGCUGAGAUCCGCUCCAGCAUAAGACAGAUUUUGGAGGGAAUUCAUUUCCUUCAUCAACAUGACAUUUUGCAUUUGGACAUAAAACCUGACAACAUCCUCAUGGCCGACUCCACCAGUGACCAGAUUCGGCUUUGUGAUUUUGGAAAUGCAGUGAAAAUCACACCUGAUGAAGCGCAGUACUGCAAAUACGGCACUCCAGAAUUUGUUGCCCCAGAGAUUGUUAACCAGACGCCAGUCUCCAAGGCUACAGACAUCUGGCCUGUUGGAGUCCUGACCUAUCUAUGUCUCACUGGAGUGUCUCCAUUUGCGGGAGAAAAUGAUAGAAGCUCCGUUUUCAACAUCAGAAAUUACAACGUGGCCUUUGAAGAGAGCAUGUUUGCUGACCUUUGUCAUGAAGCGAAGGGAUUCGUCAUCAAACUGCUAGUGGCUGACAGACUGAGACCAGACAGCAGUGAGUGUCUUCGUCACCCCUGGUUCAAGACCCUAAAUAAAGGCAAGAGCAUCAGUACAGAGCCCCUCAAAAAAUUCCUGUUAAGAAGAAAGUGGCAGCGAUCCCUUAUCAGCUACAAGUCCAAAAUGGUGAUGAGAUCAAUUCAUGAGCUGCUGGACGAUUCCUCCAACCACAUCUCCAUCGCUGUUCCACGACAUCUGAAAGAAGGCUCGCCUCCACCUUCUUCUUCUUCAGAUUCUGAUGAGGACAUUGAUGAGCUGCCAUUCAUCCCCAUGCCCCUCAAUAUGGAGUUCUCUGGAUCCAGAAUGUCACUGACUGACAUUCAUGGGGAUGAUGAGAUGAUGGGUAAGACCAAUGGAAACAUUGAGAGGUCAGGAUCAAGCUCCCAGAAAUCAGAGCCUAUGGAAUGUGAACCAUCAGAGGAGACUGUUGAUGGUUCUGCGAGAGGUCGAGCAAGGAAGAGAACAACACAUGAUGAUGAUAAAGGCUCCUCUGAUGAGGAACCAGGGGAAUUAGCUAGGAGGACAGACCAGGGUAAGAGACCCCUUCGCAGAGGUUCAAGUAUGGAGUCUGAUAAGCCAGAGGGAGGUCGUCAUAGAGGUGAACUGCGCAGGGGAAGCUCAGCAGACAGUGCCUUGCAACUCCAUAUCAAGCCAGAAGAGGGUGCUGAGGAGAUUCCCACAGAUGGUGGAAGAAUGCUUAAGAAGUCAGUGUCUAUGGAGCUACCUCGGAGAAGCCCGAGCCCAGGAACAGCAAAGAUGAGCCAGGAGGAUUAUGCUCUGAAGCUGGAGCUGAUGAGACAGAGGCUGCUAAGAGGAGGAUCUGCAGACAAUAAGAUGAGUGGACUUCGAGGCCCUUUGUUAGAAACCCUAGGUAUGGGAGAUGAGAAGCGUUUUCUGCGUGGGCCUCGGUCAGGUAACCCUCCACUUAUUCGGGCAGCAUCCAGUGAAUCGCCUAGAGAUGACAUCCCAAAAACCAAAGUUCUCCGCAAGAGUGCAUCCUUCAGUCAGGGUGACUCUGAGCCCAUGCCCCUGCACCGGCGGAUUGGGGCUCCUCUAGAAAUACCCCUAGCACAGAUAGAGGAAAGGCGUUUGCAGGAAGCAGUAUCCAUGUCUGCUCUUGCAGAGCAAGUCAAGCAAGACUCCCGUCCAAUCACCCCCAAACCACUCACUCCUGAACCAAAGAGAGAUGAGACGAAGCAAGACACAGAAGCGAAGGAACCCUCUCCUGUCAGGGACAGUCAGCGUGAAGAUGUCUCUGUUAAACAAGCAGAAACUGCCACUGUAGAAAGAGGAGGUGAUACUUCUGUCCAAAGGAAAGAUAAGCGCAUGUUACAGGAAGCUACCAAAGAACCUGAGAAUGUUAUGCAAAGUAGGCCUGCACCUUCUAUGGUGCCCAAAGUUGUGAUAGAGGAAAGAAUCGAAGAGGUGGAAGAAGAGGAAGAAGAUAGAGAACCAGUGAAAGAACCUGUAAUAGAAAGGGAACCAUCUGUAGCUGAGAUAGAAGACAAAAGAGUCGAAGUGGAAGAAGAAGAAGAGAUGGCACCAUUUCAAUCUUCAGAGAUGACCAUAUCCACUAGUUCCAUUGCAGUCAGCCCUGCUGCAGUGCCUACCAGGACCCCUCAGAGCGUUGUCUCAACAUUGGUGACCCCCUCCCCUGCUGCACGUACAGUACUCCCAGAUGGCAGGACAUCUGCAUAUGCAAGUGUCAUGCAGACAAUCCUAGUCCCAUCACUGCAACCAGCAAGCCAGCCUGCAGUCAUUCCUACGUCCACAAAUGUUUCUGUGACAGCUCCUCCAUCUGUGCCUGUCUAUGCAUCCAUGACUAGACAUAUUUCAGAGCCAUCUCUCGUGUCUGCCACACCGUCAUCCAAGGCAGAUACUCAUCAAACCACAGAACAUCCUGCUGUUUUCUCCCGUGUCGCAUCUAUAGAACAGCCAGCCAAAGAGCCAAGUCCACCCAAGACUCCAACACGCGCUUCCCCGAAAAGAGAACCCUCUCCUGGAAGCCAAAUUCGGGACCUUGCCUCAGAGGAAGUCUUUGAAGCUCGGUUCAAGAAACGCGAGUCUUCUCUCACCCGUGGUUUGAAACUUCUAUCUUGGCAAAAGACAGAAGAAAAGCCCUCUACAGUUGCUCCUGAAGCAACGGAGGAGAUGUAUCGCCCAGGGCCAAUCGGGGCUCCCUUGGAGUUUGGACCCAGGAGGCUGGAAGAAAAGUCAAAAUCUGUCCAAGACCUCCGCGAGGCAGAGAAAGACCCAGGUUUCAUGAGAAGACUGUCCAUGCGUCUAAGAAGGACCCCGUCCACGGAGAGGAAAGAGGAAAAACCCAAAGAGGAUGACUUCACUCCACCUAGGCGUCGUUUGUCUUGGGCACUGGGGCGAAGAGGAUCUCAGGACAAGAAGGAAGUGGAGAUGAUGAGGCUGGAUGGAGGUCCAGAGACACCUCCAGAGCCAGAGACCAAGAAGCCAUCAGAGUCCCCUGUUUUAGCCAUGCGCAGAAAAAUCGGCAGCACAGUGAGCGGUUUAUCCAUGAUGAUCCGGAGCCAUUCUGAGGAGAGAAAAGACGAAAAAGAAGGAAAGACGGAGACCAAGAGAACUCCUAUACUGUCUAUACUGCGACGUUCCACCUCAGAGGGAGGCAACUUAAAGAGAAUGGGCAUCCCACAGAAUCAGCUAGCUGCUCAGUCGUCCACUGGGGCCUCUUCUGAGUCUUUGGAUUCCAUGUCUAGCAUCCAGUCAGAAUCAGCAGUCAGAAGUGUAGAGACUGAGCGCAGGUCACGAUGGGACAGAUGGGGCCUAACCAGAGGCAGGAGGGAUAAAACUGUAUCCCAGCCAGAUAUACCCACUGCUAUUGCCAGAGAGAAUGGCUCACUCCGCUCUCGCCAGUAUUCCCGGAUGACCUCUGACUUUCCUCCAGUGUUUCAUAUCAAACUGAGGGACCAUGUUCUCCUGGAGGGAGAUCCAGUCACUCUCAGCUGCCUGCCUGCUGGCAGUCCUCACCCACACAUCGCUUGGAUGAAAGAUAAAAAGCCGCUUGAGAUUGACCAAAGGAUGAACAUGAUCUCCUGUCCUGAUGGAAGACAGCUGCUGAUGAUUAUGAAAACCACCAAGAACGACGCAGGCCUGUACGAGUGUGUGGCCACAAACCCGCUGGCCUCCAUUUCCAGCUCCUGUAAACUGUCCCUUGCCCGUCUUCCAAACCGACCAGGCACUCCAGAAGUUCCCCAGAAGUAUAAGAACACAGCGCUGGUGGUGUGGCGCCCAUCCGACACCAUGUCCCCAUGUACCUACUCUCUGGAGCGGAGGACAGAAGGUGAAAGUAACUGGCUGAUUGUGGCCACUGGUGUGGCUGACUGUUACUACAAUGUCAACGAUCUGCCAACUGGUGCUGCCUACAGGUUCAGAGUGGCUUGUGUAAAUAAGGCUGGCCAGGGACCAUACAGUAAUCUGUCUGAGAAAGUCAUUCUGGAUGCAGCAGCUCCUCAAAAAGGCACUGGAACAGUUGUUGUCAAGACACUUCCUCCAGGAACAGGUCCUGCAACGAUAACCUCCACCAUGACCGUUCCUCCUAUGAAGCCUGCUGGGAGUAAACCCCCACCCAUCGCUACUGCAGCUCUGGCACAGGCUCCCACUUCACCUCCAGCUCAGCCCUCCCCUGCUCCCGCAGCUGCUGUUACCCCAACAGCCGCCACCCACCGCGAUGUCCCAGAGUUCCAAGGUCCUGUCCCCUCUGGCACCUCCACCCCAGCCAAAGCCAAAUCCACUCUAAAUAUCACUGUAGCCAAACCCACCCCUGCCCCAGCUGCUGCUCCAGUACAGCCUGUUCCCGCCAAACUCUCUCCUCCUGUCAUCCUCCCCAAACCUCAGAGUCCUGUCAACGUGGUCUCACCCAUGGCCCAAACCCCCCCAGUCUCCCCACCCCCGUUAGUCUCUCCUCCCCCCUCUAUUGGUAAACCCAUCUCCUCCGUGCCCAUGUAUGCCCCCUCCACUACAACAGCACGCGUAACUCCAGUUACCCCAAAUACGCCCUCUCCUGCCCUGUCUCCACCUGUAGUGCUUGUUACCAGUCUGAGUCCGGUUGGGGAGGGUACUGGUACACUCAGCAGGACAACUCCCAGUGGGAGGGCAACUCCAUCUGGGCGUUCUACUCCUACAGGGCGUAGAACCCCAAUGAGUAAGCCAGGAGAGUCCACCCUACGCCAAGGGGUGCCCCAGAAACCGUAUACGUUCAUGGACGAGAAGGCCAGAGGGCGUUUUGGGGUGAUUCGUGAAUGCAGGGAAAAUGCCACAGGCAACCUCUUCAUGGCCAAAAUCGUCCCAUAUGAGCCUGAGAGCAAGCAGACUGUCCUGCAGGAGUAUGAGAUCCUCAAAUCACUGCACCACGACAAGAUCAUGGCCCUCCAUGAGGCCUAUGUCACUCCACGCUACCUAGUCCUCAUCUCUGAGUGCUGUGCAGGCAAAGAGAUCCUCUACAGCCUGAUUGACAGGUUCCGCUACUCUGAGGAUGACGUGGUGGCCUACAUUGUGCAGGUGUUGCAGGGUUUGGACUACCUGCACAACAGGAGAAUCCUGCACCUGGACAUCAAACCAGACAACAUUAUAGUCACCUACAUGAAUGUAGUCAAGAUCAUUGACUUUGGCAGUGCUCAGACCUUCAACCCACUGUUCCUGAAGCAGUUCAGCCCUCCUAUAGGAACGCUGGAUUACAUGUCUCCCGAGAUGUUGAAAGGGGACGUGGUGGGUCCUCCAGCUGACAUCUGGAGCGUUGGAGUUAUGACCUUCAUCAUGCUCAGUGGAAGAUUGCCUUUCACGGACAGUGACCCAGCAGAGACGGAGGCCAGAAUCCUAGCAGCCAAGUUUGACCUCAGCAAGCUCUACCAAAACGUGUCCCAAAGUGCCUCUCUGUUCCUUAAGAAGAUCCUGUGCAGCUACCCUUGGGCCCGUCCCUCCAUUAAGGACUGCUACAACAACUCUUGGCUGCAGGACGCGUACUUGAUGCGCCUGCGGCGACAGACCCUCACCUUCACCACCACACGCCUCAAGGAGUUCCUGGGCCAGCAGCUGCAGCACAGAGCCCAGGUGGCCACCAAGCACAAAGUUCUCCUGCGUUCCUACCAGAGCUCUGCUCAAACCCCCACCUCACCUACCACACCAUCUACACCUUCUACACUCUCUAUACCCUCUACGCCCUCCACCCCUGUCACCCAGUGAGCUCACCCUGGCUUUGCCAGACAAGGAACGUGACCCAAGAGUAGCACUCCAGGGGAAGGACAGAGAGGCCCAGCCCCAGGACCACUCACUGUCACGGUACUGACACCUGGCUGGGCCCUGGCUGGACUCACAAAGGGGGCCAGUUAUUGAGCAGCGUGUGAACACAUCCGGCACCAGCUCAGCAAAACUGGCCCCUAUUCUGUGACGAGUCAAACACACCCUCAGUCAGAUACGAGACUGGAAAAUCCAGUCUCAUUCAGACUCCAACACCCACCCACACACACACAGAGAACUCACUAAUCUAAUGCAUUCAUCAUCAGCUGUGGCCAGCAUGCUUAGCGCUGUUGUGUUCAUAGUCCUGCCCCAAGCCCCGCCCCAUGCACAGGCUUGCCCCACCCCUUUUUCAUAUUGUUCCAUCUCCGACUGACUGUCAAAGUGUUCUCUGCAUUGUGUUCUGUGCAGUCAGGAACUAUGGACCCGUCGUGGCUGAGAAGUGCGUCCUCCUCCCACAAAGAUCCUCAUUUUGCGAGAUGUUUGGAGAUGUUUGACAUGAUUUCACAAAUGUCAUCUUAAUGUAAACUUUUGUGGUGUUUCCCUAUAAUGAUCCUGGGGCCUUGAAAUGAUCCUUUUUCUGCUAGUUUUUAUGAGGUUGACAGUUUUAUUACAGGUAGUUGUUAUACAGUAAUCACAGUAUCUACAGAGUCUAUCGAGCUCUCAAGCUAUUCUCACUCUAGUGCCACUUAAUGUUUUACAACCAACUUUGAGUUUUGUCUUUUACUAACUUUUACUGACCUUGGCACAAAAAAAAAGAAGAAAAAAUUGUUGGGUCAUACUUUGCAACCUGUGAUGUCAGAGAAAUGUUUUAAUCAAAAUCAGAAAAAGAGAAAAAAAAAAAAAGAUAGCUGUCCAAAGUCAUGCAACUCCAACAUGCAAAAAGGCCCCGUCUUCAAAACGAUGCAGCAUUUUGUUUCUCCUGAUCUGCUGUCGAAGUUUAGAAAUGUACAUCUUAUUAUUAUUCAUUUUUUGUAUUUAUUAAAGGUUGCCUUUCCAUUUCUGAUCCAGAAUGUAUUAUACAACACAGACGUCCUUGCACUGGUUUUGUGUAUCGGCCUUUCUUUGUUAAAGUCUUUUGAAUGCACUGAAAACCUUUUAUUUUCUUUUGAUAUCUGCACACCGGUGGAGUGACAAGCAUGCUAUCAGUACAAACAUUCAUUUUAUAGAACAAAUAGAAUAAAUUUACUACCUGUGGCAGCAAAAGAAAGUAUUGUGGUAUUAUUCCUCAACUCAGAGUACAGGGGGAGUUCUACUGUUUAAAGUUUAGUAUUUAUUUAAUUUUAGAUUUAUCAACUGUUUUUGGUUUUAAUUUGCUUUUUCUUAACGAGCCCUGACCAUUAAUGCCGAGGGAAUGUACGACUAUUAAACAGGCAGGUACGACAAAGAUGUUGGAACAGCUCGGGUGUUACGAGCAGAAGCAGAUAUGUAUUAAAGUGUUUAUGUAUCUUCUUGUGCAUUUUCGAUGGAGCCACAUUGAACCUGAGAGCAGCGUUUGUGCACUGCCACUUAUCCUUUAUUGUGUGUCUUACUUCAGUUGAUUCAGAAAAAUGAAAAGAUUCUAGUCAUUAAAGAGCAGACACGGUGGUUGCUUUGUUGAAUGUGUAAUGUGUAUGUUUCACUCUGAAAAUUCUUAAUAUACAGUAUUAUUGCCAGUCAGUAAAUGGGAGAAACAUCAGUGAUUAAGUAUAGUGUUUUUUUUGGAGCUGUGAUCCUCAGGUUGAUAAUCAGGGACCUGUACACAGAGGGUCACAAUGUGUUGGGAGCUGAGGUACAGCAAAAAGGUGGACAGUAUGGACUAGGCCUGUCACGAUAACCAUUUUCUGUGGAUGAUAUAUUGUGUUAAAAUAAUACAAACAAUUGCAUUAAACCGUGUUGUCAUUUUAAGAGCAUUUUGUGCCACUAAUAUGAUAAAUGAUAUAAUAUGAUAUGAUGAUAAUAGUAUCGUAUUAGUGCAAUAACCCUUAUAGAAACUUAAUAGAACAAUUAACCAUUUCAAUUAUUUUAAAUUUAUUUAAUUGAAUAUUCAAAUAUUUGAAUUAUAAUAUUUAAAGUGUCUGUCUCCAGAAAUAAAACAUUAAAAUAAAACUAACAAUGUACCAGCUCAUUCGUGUUAAUGAAUUAUCCUUUCUAUGUAAACACAAUGGGGCAAUAUUAAGUUCAGAAAAUGUAUUAAGAUAAUGUCCUUACAUUGUUUGCUAAAUUGAUUAUAUGAUUAUUGUGACAGGCCUUUUUUCAGUGGGGGUCCUUGAGGAUCAGUUCCAGUUUAGUAUAUUAAGUAAAUAACUCAGCCACAAUAGCCUUUGUGCUAGAGGUACUCUUUAUUUAUAUUAGUGUUAAGGGUUAUUAUGUUAAAAUGGCACUAAGUACCAGCAAUCAUAAUUAGGUCUGAAAACCUUUGCUUUACUAUUACAGGUUUUAUUCCCACAGUUCUGAUGCCUUCUUAAAGCUGGAAUGUAAACAGACUGUUUUGAAAUGUAUAGAAUUCUAUUCAGUAUACAGGAUAUAAUGUUCAAUACUGAAAAACCACUGAACUGAGCACUGAAAUUGAUCUAAAUGAUAGUUAUCUGUUAUUGUCAUGUGAUAAGAAGCAUGCCAAACUUUUGUUUUGCUUAUUUUGGACAGCAUGGAUAUGACGUUUUUGUUAUACUAAAUAAGCACAGGCUCACAGAACCUCAUGGUCAUGUUUAAUUUCUUUUUUAAAUGUUUUAAAUUUGUUUUGGUCAAUCGAGGCACAUGAUUGUAGAUUUGGUCCAGUAACUGCCUGAGAAUGCUGAUAAUAAUGAUGAUCAUUUUAAUUGUGUAAAUUUUACAGCGAGGUGCCCUUAUACAUGAGAGUGUUCUCUUUGAAAUGCCGCAGAAAAACACAUUAAUAAGUAAAAAUGUUUCAUAAGAAGUGGAGAUGAGUAUUGUAGAUCAUCCUUUUUCUAGCACAUGUGAGUGUGUAGCGCAUAAUGUUAUUACCAUGCGUUUUCUACAGCAGAAUAAGUUUAAGCUGAGGUUUAUACAUCAUCGUUUUAUGACGAUGAUACCUGCUUGUGCACUGCCACCCCCUUUUUUAAUCAUUCAGAGGCAAUAUGGAACUGAGUAGAAGAGUAAAGGCACCCCUGGAUACUGUUACACACUGCAGUGAGCCUAAUGUUUACCCUGUUGCUGUGCCUGUUACCCAGUUCCAUUUGCUCACUUUUUCCGUUCUGCUAUUUACAGGGGCCUUUUGAGUUUUUGCCUAAUUUUAAUACUAUUAUUAUUAUUAUUAUUAUUAUUAUAUUGGUGUUUUCUUUCUGUCAUUUUCAAAUUUUGUAAAUCUUUAUAAUUUGCCAGAAAAGAGCGAUUUGAACUCUUUAUUUAAUACAUAGGUUUAAACAACAAGUUUGGAACAAGCAUUGCUGCCAACAUCACAUGGAGUAGAGCAGGCGCAGCUGAAGAGCCUCAGAUGCUGGUCUGUGGUUGUGAAUAAGGUUUUGUAUUUUUAGUUGGUGUGUGAGCGUUUGUGUACUUUUCCUUUGGAUCAUGCUGGGCAACCCUUUAAUGUGAAACUAAACCGAGCUUUUCUGGAAUGCAUUAUGUUGCACUAAAAGACAUGGACAUGACGUGAAUGUUUUACAGCAGUAUGAAAUACGUGUGUAUAUGUGGAAAACAUGACAGUUCAUGAAAUAAAGUCAGUUAUUAACAGUA